AUGGCGGGAUCCCGUCGACCAGCGCGGGAGAUCGCUACUGGGAGCACUUGGAUCGCGUCGUAUAAGAAGAAGAAGUGGCCGGUGGUGAUAUGCGACAAGAGCACCGCGCCGCCACGUUUCAUGGAAACCAUUUCUGAAGAACGGGCCUUACCAGCAGUGCUGCUGGGAAGACACAUGUACAUCUGGGUCGAUCGGAACUCUGUGAAGGAAUGGGAUCCGAAUCACGACUAUCUCCAAGGUCUCGAGCCAUUUGAGCAGCGAGAUGUACAGCAGAACGACAGUGAAGAAGUGACAAUGGAGAAGCAGCGCCGAACGGCAUUUCGCCAGGACGUUACGUUCCUGGAGAACCAUCAGUACUGGCACAACUAUAUGGUGAAUCAAUCAGAGGCAAGGAAAGAAGAUAAGGCUCGGAGAGACAAAGGACGGUCGUCCUUCUGGCACCAAAAAAGCAAUUUCAAGGCAACUCCGCAAAAGGCGAAUGGAAGAGCUCCCAAGGGAAUGAUCCCGAAGAAGAGGUCGUUUGCAGACGAGUACGACAGUGAUGGAGACCUUCGGAAAUCAGGCAUGAAAGCCAAAGCACCGAGAAAAACCAAGGAUGACGACGAAAAUGACUGUGUUAUCGUCGAUGAUCCAUCUGCGCCACGUCGUCCGAUGCCUGCGGUGGUCUACCGCCACAAGGGACCCAGCACGCCAGACGACUCGCCCGUUGCUAAGAAGUCUCUCAGAAGAAACGGCCGAAGACUAGCAGUCGAUAGUGAUUCGGAGACUAACGACAAGUCUGAGGYUAUGGUUAAAGCCACCUCGGCCCACGAGCUUCCUUCAAAGCCAAAUGACAGCAAGAAGUCCAGCAAAGGUACAAAUGGUCGGCAUAAAAUCAGUAUCGUGGAGAGCGAGGGCGAACCUGACUUUGUGGUAAAAGCCUCAAACCGAAAAGCCGCCCCAGACCCAAUCAGAGGCAAAAUUUUCAGCGAAGGGAAGAAGCACCGCAAAACCACGCAGCAAGUCCCUACACAAGUCAAGAUUGUGUUCUCGGAAACAGACCUCGAAUCCCAACUCCUCAUUCCCAAAUCCAGCCUCGCGGACUGCCAGUUCCUGAGCAUUCGCUGCAACUUCAGCUCCCAACACAACUGCGAAAUCAUCCCCCUGGAAUACGACACGAUUUCUCUCCAACACAAACUCACUUUCAAAGAGGUGAAUCGUCUACUUCCAUACUUCCUCACCAAAGAAUUGGGCCCUGAAUUCCUUCACCCCAAGACUCACCCACACCCUUUCGGUCCCCUCGGAAAGACACUCAAAGAAAAACACGCCAACUUUCUGGGCCUAGCAUUCAUCACCGCCUCCAAAAUCUCCCACGAAGUCCUUCAGCAAUACAUUCUAGAGAAGCUGCAGGCACUCUACCCGCUUCCAGAACUCUCGCUCUUAGGCCUGGUGCUCAUGUUCAACAGUGUGCCACCCGUGGAAAGUCAAGCGCAAAGGCAGCUGGGAGCUUGGAUCAUCAAGCACGUGGCGGAAAGUUACUUUAAGCUGCACAAGCACCAUCCAGAAGUUCUCGACCAAGUAUUGAGCGAAAACCCUGAGUUCAACAGCGCGGUUGUGGAAGUGUUGGAGCGCGAUGCGAGGGAGGAGAAUGCUGGGUGCCAGGAUGAGGCUAUACCUGCGAAUUGA